UCGUUUCCAGUAUCUCUCUGCCAAUUAUUGAAUGUUAUACGGCUUUCUCAUCAGCAUUACUUCACAUGUCUUACAGCUUGUUGUGCGGCUUCAUCAUGGUGGGUUGUUCAACAACGAAGACGGCUGUUAAAUCCUUUGCCGUGUUCGUCGCCUUUUCUGUGCUUCAGAGAUGUUCAUCUUCAUCUCCUGGAUCUGUUUGGGAAGGCAACAGUCACAUCGCUCAGCAGUUUGGCUUUCCAUUCCCAUUUUCACUCCCGAAAUUUAAUUUCUCAGACGUCUCCGAAGAGUGCCAAGCUAUGGUCCAAAAACUUCUGAAAUCGCCUCUAUCCUUAAAGUAUUUGGAUGCUAUCGGUAAACCUCAAAGUGGACUUUUUUGGGGUAACACUGGUUGGUUAGGAUCUUACAGUGAGUGUACUGAAAGCAUUCCUGAUGCCCACUAUUGUUUGGCCUAUGUGGCUUUUCCACAGCUUUCCUUAACCAUUACAGAGUCUAUUCCUGUGCGCUGGGGUAUUUGUGCUCCAAAACAAUGCAGUGAAAAGGAUGUUACAGCAGGACUGCAAGAUAUGUUUACAGGAAUCAACAAGUAUAUGAAUCAGACUGAGGUAGAAUUAAGGCCGAUUUCUAACCUAUAUGGACUUUCAGCAAGCGACAAAGCUGUUCACUGCAAUAAGAAAUCAGAAUACACAACAGGAGUAAUAUUCACUCUGAUCUUGUGUGGUCUAAUCCUGUAUCUCUGCCUUAUUGGAACACUUAGCGACAUUGUGAUUAGCUUUUUGAAGAAAACCUCUGAACCUGUCAACAACAGAAAUGGCUACAUACCAAUCAGAGACGACUCCCCAGUAACGUUUGAAGGUGAUGUUCCUGAUUCAUGCACAGGAAGUGGCGCGCAUAGCAGUAACACCACGCAAUUCAUGAACCCAUCCCCUAAAGUGGCAAUUAGUGCAUCGACUAGGCUUACAAGUUUUUCCCAGAAGAGAGAUGAGCCGUAUUUAGUGGUGCAAUUUUUUCUGUGUUUCUCAUUAAUUAAAAACACAAGCCGUAUUAUGGACACCAAAGUCCCUGUCGGCGCCAUCACGUCAAUCAAUGGAAUGAGAGUGAUGAGUAUGUGGUGGGUGAUCCUGGGACAUGUUUAUGUGCUUCAAACUGUAUCAAUUAUGAGCAACCUCCUCUCCGUGGUUGAAGUCAUACAUCGAUUUACGUUUGAAGCUAUUGGCAAUGCUACCUUUUCGGUGGACAGUUUCUUUUUCCUGAGUGGUCUCCUGGUUUCGUAUUUGUCUUUGCGUCAUAUGGAGAAGAAAAAUGGACAGCUGCCACUUUUUAAGUACUACUUCCAUCGUUUUUGGAGAUUAACUCCAGCUUACAUGUUCGUUUUGUUGUUUUACGACAAACUGUAUAGAUUUCUUGGUGACGGCCCUUUUUGGUAUAAAGCACAGGCAAAGAACCCGUGUGAUAAGUAUUGGUGGACCAACUUACUCUACAUUAACAACUUCUAUCCAACUAGCAUGAAUGCAUCGUGCUUUCGUUGGGCCUGGUACCUAGCAAAUGACACGCAGUUUUAUAUCAUUGCUCCCGCAAUACUCUUCGUCGCGUACAGGUUUCGUCUUCGAGGAUUGAUUGUGAUUGUUGGGUUCUUACUGAGCAUAAGUUUCGCCACCACAGCUGCUAUAUAUGAUCAUUACAAGAUUGCCGCCGUUAUAGCUAGUAGAGAAACUCAGGAACAACGCCAGAAAGGUGUGGAUUUCAUGUCUCUGACUUACGUCAAGCCUUACUGUCGUAUUUCACCGUAUCUUGUUGGCAUGGUAACUGGCUACUUACUUCUCAACGAAAAGAACUGGAGACUUCCUAGCAAGGUUCGGACGUACUUGAUCAACAUGGCUGGCUGGUGUGUUGCUAUCGCUCUCGCCCUGUCUACUCUGUAUGGUCCGUACAAAGUCACCAGGAAAGAUAAUCCCGUGCCAUUCUCUCGCGCUGAGAAUAUCAUAUACGGGACUUUCUCACGGUUUGCAUGGAGCCUGGCACUAGCUUGGGUGAUUUUUGCUUGCCAUAAUAGGCUUGGAGGUUUGGUGAAUAAAUUCCUGUCGGCUCGAUUCUGGAUUCCACUGAGCCGGCUGACGUACUGUGCCUAUCUGGUUCACCCCAUCAUCAUCCACACUCUGUUUUUCUCGUUUGAGACUGUUUGGGCAUAUUCUGAUGUGCAUGUGGCUUUCUGUUAUGUCGGUGUACUUGGCAUUACGUAUGCAGGGGCCUUUAUUGUGUCAGUGUGUGUGGAAUAUCCCAUGAUGCAGCUGGAGAAGUUAAUAUUCAAAGGCGAUAACUGAGCUCAGAUGUCAUGGCUGGAAGCAAGUGUCUCGCACACUUCAUUCGUUGAUGCACUAUUCUAACACUGACACGUAUUGUUAUGAUCAUCAUUAUGGUCAUCACAAUACAUCCAAUGCAAUUAAUAAUUUUUGAUAAUUAGUCGCUUUUAACAUUUUUUGUUGUUAGCAUCUGACUUUGUCCUCAGUGUAACCUCAAAAGGUUACCUAAGAGAAUGAGCGGACAAUUCGAACGCACACAGUGAUCUUUAUUGUUUUUGGAUGAUAGCGCUAAGACGGAAUUUGCUCGAUAAGAGUAGCGGUUGAGGUUGCGUGUGUGAGUGUGGUUCGAACUAAAAGAAAAUACAACAUGAACUAAACUAAGAAAAAUGCGUUGCGAAAUGUAACAUUAACCUAACUAAAAAUGAAACGAUUGCACGGAAAACUGUAUACGAGAACUACACCAAUAAUAAAUACAAAAGGUAAACAACGUAAAUGUUAAAGAAAUAGAGACUUACUUUGGUCUAGCUCCUAAUGGUAGCAAAUAGCUUGUAGCGAUUAUCUAGCAGUGACGAUUUUGCAGCGAUGAUUUUGUAGCAGUGAUUCAGUAGCGAUUGAAAUAGAAUCUUUACACGUGUACUAAAUGGGAAUUGAUCGGAGAUAAAAACAUUUAUUGCGUAAUAAUCAUUAACUAAGGAAAGACUUAUUGAUAGAAAUGAACCAGAACAAAAACGAUAAUAAAAUGUGUAUUAACUAAGCGUUUCGAAACUAACACCCAGAAGCCAAAGGAUUUUGCGCAACUGCUAACGCAGGAAACAGUUGUGAUUUGCAUGAUAGUAAUUCAAAAUGUAUGCAUUUCUAGAUCAGGAAUAUUUCGGUUUGAAGGCCUGGGUUGUAAUCCUUGGCUACGAAAAUAGAUGCAAUUUAGAAUUUAAGUGAUUAGUUAAAAAAUUCUCCUUUUACCGGCCAUUAAUUGAUGAGCAGGUAGAUAUUAAGAAUUAGGAUAAACUUACUAGAUUUCGUUACUCGCCAUCUUUUCUGCGAUUGAGCAGUGAGUAAAGUGAUUACCCAAAUAGUGUGUGGGUGUGAACAACAAGCCUCUCUUGUUGUUACUUUUGGAAUGACCACUAGAUUUGUACUAAAACAAUUAGAUUAUUUGUUCUCGAUUUCUAUCGCGUGCUAGCUGAUGAGGGAAAGGUGUUUUUACUAUGAAUUAAAAAAUUCUCAUAAAUAGCGAA